AUGAAGGGGUUUGGAAGCCUGUUGUUCAUCUUUGGAAGCUCGCUUGGAGCUGGCAUCCUGCUCCUGCACCAGUUAAUUGCAGCACCCAUCUUGUAUGACUUCUACAACUACGAUGCUGACCGCGAUAAAAAGCUGGGAAGAGCUUUGGAUGCUGCAACCAAUUCACCAGAUUCAUUUUUACAGAUUGCCAAACUUCUUCCGACCAUUCUUAACUGCGGCAUUGACAUUCAUUUUAAGCUUCCCCAGGGCAGGCGGCUUCCAGUUACCUGCAAGGUGGUUCCAGUUGUCUGUGAUGAUUCCCUGACUUCACAGCAUAAGCUCCUGUCCUUCCAAAAUACCAUAAAGAAUGGUCCCAGAGUCCUGGAUGACCUUGAGGCAGCGGAAUGGCUUCAACGUCCAGUGACCAAAACAUUUCAGAGAUAUAAGAGGAACUUUCCAGCUUCCAUCCUGGAGCAAGAGAUCUGCCAUAGUUAG